UGUUUAAACACAGAACAACAUACAGUGUUUACAUCUCUGUACGAAGGGCACAUCGACCAGUCAUUUUGAGUUUAGCAAAGGACAUACUCAUAAGCUUCAAUGGAUCUUCAAGGAAAAGUUGCCUUAGUGACGGGUGCCGCUAUUGGCAUUGGCUUGGAGUACGUGAAAGUAAUGCUGGAGAAUGGUUUGAAGCAUGCUGCUGUUUUGGACGUCAAUCAGACCGCCGGCACAGCGGCAGUUAAGAAACUGAACGAAAAAUUCCGAGCAGACGCUGCCAUUUUUAUACAUUGCGAUGUCACCAACAAAGAGCACUUGGAAGCUGCCUUCACGCAGACGCUGCGGGUCUUCGGGCGGAUCCACGUGGUGGUGAACAACGCCGGGCUGCUGCGCGGCUGCGCGUGGGAGCUGGAGAUCAGCGUCAACCUCACGGCGCUGGUGAGGAGCACCCUCCUGGCGCUCGACCUCAUGGGCAAGGACAAGGGAGGCGAGGGAGGCGUCGUGGUCAACAUCGCGUCCGUCGCAGGGCUCUCUUCGGUGGCCCCCAUACCCGUCUACUCGGCCACCAAGAGUGCCGUCAUCGGCUUCAGCCAGUCCCUGGGGGCUCCAUUUCAUGAAGCUCGUACUGGGGUCCGCGUGCUCACCUUGUGUCCAGGUGUGACUCACACCUCUCUGGUGACAGACUCGCAUCUCUAUGUCAUGGAUGAGAACUGGAAACAAGAACUGAAGAAAUUUUUCACUGAUUUUCCUUCACAAACACCGGAGUGCGUCGCCACCGCCAUGCUGCACAUUCUGAAGAAUGCGAAAAGCGGAAGCGUGUGGGUCAUCGAAGGUGGCAAGCCUGUCUACGAGAUCGAAUUGCCAAACUACGAAUCUUUAAAAGUUGGAAAAAAAAAUUAAAUUAUUUUAAAGGAUUUUUUUUUACUCUAAGGCUGACAUACUAAAAAGCAAAAUAACUUAAUAAUUAGUAGGCCUAAUAGUAAAAAAAUCUGAACAAUUUUUUAAGAGUUUUAUUAUAGCACAAAGAAUAAUGUCUUUGUUGUUAAAAUAUUAAUAUAGUGAACAAGAACUCAAGUUUAAAUAGUACGAAACUGUUUUGAAACUGUGAAGUGCGUGAUAUUUCAUCAGAUUUCUAUCAUAGCUAUAUGUUUAGGUGUAUUUUUUGUAGCCAUGUCAGAAAAAAAUGCGCAUGUCCUUACUAUGGACUUAAUUAAAUUAAAAUAUCUAAAUAAAUCGACUUUUGAUUGCAUGUAUGGGCAA